UUAGAAUUUGUAUUGUCAUGUCAUCAAAUCAACUUUUAAGGAUUUUAUGUAUACAUGGUUACAGGCAAAAUGAACAAAGUUUUAGAGAAAGAACCGGUGCCUUCCGAAAACUUACCAAAAAGUAUGCAGAACUUGUAUUUAUAACAGCACCAAAUGUAGUACCACCAUUAGAGAGUUUGGAAGAAAAUUCAACAGAUACAAAAAAUGAUGAUCAGAGAGGAUGGUGGUUUUCAAGAUCUGAUGAUUAUUUUAGAGCUCAAGAUGAGACAGAUUGUUGUAAGGGCUAUGAAGAAUCAUUAGAUGUCAUAAAGAAAGCUUUCAUUUCACAGGGACCAUUCGACGGAGUAUUAGGAUUCAGUCAAGGUGCUGCUAUGGUUUCACUUCUGUGUGGUUUACAAGAAUUAGAGCCAGAGGCUUGUCCAAAAAUUAGUUUUGCCAUAAUGGUAGCUUCAUUUAAAAGUCGCUCUAUACCUCAUUGUAAGUUGUAUGAAAAGAAAGUAACAAUACCCACAUUACAUGUGUUUGGAGAUACUGAUAAAGUUAUACCAAAAGAAAUGAGUGAAGAACUUUUAGUACAUUAUGAAAAUCCAGUGAUAUUGGAACAUCCAGGUGGCCAUUUUAUACCAGCUUCAUCACCACAGAAAAAAGUUUAUGUUGACUUUUUAGAGCGAAUGAUAGAAAAUAAAACAUAGCCAAAUUUUAAAAAUUUUAAUUUAAUAUAACAUUAUCAAUAAAUUAUUUUCAAAUAACAAUUCUUAUGAAUUUUAAUAUUUUAAUACAAAUGUAUUUAAAUUAGUCUUGACUAAAAAAUAACUACAGAUUUUUUAACCCAUCAGCAGCCCAAACCUUAACAUAUGAUAAAACAGUAACAACAAAAACACAAAUGUUAAUAAUUUAAAUGUUGUAAUUUGAAAACUGAUAAAAGUUCUAAACAAUGAAAUUGUGUGUGGUAUGGUUCAGUUCUGUCUUUACCUUAUUUACUCUAAUUCUAAAUUGAAAAAAAUCCUGAGGCAGUAGAUUUUGUGCAACUGUGGAUGUAGUUGAUCAGUCAUUACACAUUUACAUUUGACACCCUUUUAAUAUUAAAGUUUAAGUAGGUCUUGUUCAAAUUACACCACUUUCAAUAUCACAAUAAUUUGAAAAUCACAUUAUGUUAAACAUUCAGUUAGAUCUGAUGGGCAAAAAAGUAUCGCACACGUUUGAUUUCUCCCUCACAUGAGAUUCAGAAAAAGCUAAAACUGCCAAGAUCAUAUGAAAUGGGUCUUUUUCAAUUUCAUACCAAUGCUUUUCUCCUCUUAUAAAUGCCAAUAUCACAUGAUCAGUGAUCUAGUAAAUGACUCUGCCUAUGUCGACUUGACUCCAUCAAUAACUUUCUCUGUGGACUCUGUAAGCCCACAGUGAUAUGUGUCGGAGUUUGAGGU